UUAUAGUGCGAAUGGCAGAAAGCUUCUAGCUCUCCAGUUUCUACUUUCUCCAAUGGCCAAACGCAUGAUUUCACGUUCCCUUCUUUCUUCCGUCAAAAGCUCUUACCCCCAAAAUUUUCCCUCACUUUUUCACCAUCCAAUCACCACUAAAAUCUCAUCUCUUAAACCCCUUUCGGUUUUCUCCUCAUUUUCCAGCUACCAUCAACCAACCCACACCACUUCCCCUCCUCUUUUCAAACUAACCCACAAAGACUGGCUCUCCCCGACCGAAAUCCUCAAAAUCUUUGACAACCUUAAAGAUCCAAACUCUCUCAUUUCAGUCCUAGCCCAAUACUCAGCUCGCAAGGAUUAUAAACCAACUGAACCUCUCUUCACUUUGCUCAUCAACAAGCUCGCAUAUGCCCAGGAUUUUGAUUCCAUUGAAAAUAUAAUGGAAAAACUCAAACGUGAAAAGGCCUGUCGUUUAUCAGAUGAAUUCUUCCAGAAUGUGAUUAAAAAGUAUGGGCAUAUCGGAGGUCGAAUCAAAAGGGCAAUCGAGAUCCUUUUUAGCAUGCCAGAAUAUGGGACUUGGCCUAGUGUUAAAAUCUUCAAUAUCGUAUUGAGCUUACUCGUAUCGAACAAACUAUUUGAUGUUGUUCACGAGGUUUAUGGGAAAGCUCCCAAAUUGGGUGUUGAAAUCGAAGCUUGUACUCUGAAUAUUCUCAUUAAAGGGUUGUGUGAAAAUGGGAAAUUAGAGUUUGCAUUCCAACUGCUCGAUGAAUUUCCUAAACAAAGGUGUAAGCCUAAUGUUAGAACUUAUUCUACUUUAAUGCACGGGUUGUGCGAUAAGGGAAAGGUUGAUGAAGCUUUUGAGUUGAUGGGGAGGAUGGAAACGGAAGGAAUCGAUGCUGAUGCUGUUAGCUUUAAUAUCUUGAUUUCAGGUCUUAGGAAACAAGGUAGGAUUGAUGAAGGUGUGAAGCUGUUGGAAAUUAUGAAAAAGAAAGGGUGUUAUCCCAAUGCAGGGUCUUAUCAAGAGGUGUUGUAUGGUUUGCUUGAUGCUGCGAGGUUUAUGGAAGCAAAGGAGAUUAUGGGGAAAAUGGUUUUCGAGAGGGUUAAUCCUAGUUUUGAUUCAUACAAGAAGUUGAUUCAUGGUUUUUGUAAGGGGAAGAUGGUAAAGGAAGUUGAUUGGGCUUUGAAACAAAUGGUACGCCAUGGUUUUGUUCCGAAAAUGGGAAUGUGGAUUCAGAUUGUUGACUGUGUUUUUGCAAGGAAUAAGAACAACACUUGUGAUUGCAGUUUACUUGGUGAAAUCAUCAAUAGCUAGCAGCAAUGCGAUGUUAAAUCAGUUAUCUUGCGGGUUCAGCUUAUGUUACUUGAGCACGGAUAUGAGUAUAGGAUAAGAAUGUCAUAUCUCCACACCAGUACAUGAAUAUGUGUUGAAUAUAAGUGUCAGAUACAGUUUUACUUCAAGAAAAAUUAAGAAAAUUGAUUUGGCUUCGAAACAAAUGGUACACCAUGCAUUUGUUCCUAAAAUGGGGAUAUGGAUUCAGAUUGUUGGCUGUGUUUUUGCAGGUAAUAAGAACAACACUUGUGAUUGCAGUUUACUUGAAGUCGUCAAAAGCUAGCAGCAGUGAUAUAAAUAGCAAUAGCAACUUCACCCUGUUGCCAUCCGUAUGUAAACCAGAGACUGAAGAUCAGAUACGUCCACAAUGAUGAAUGCUGGUGAAGUGAUGCAUAAUUUCAACAGAAUAGAGGAAGAAAGAAAAAGAGAGAAGAGAAAGAGAAUCGAGGAAGAAGAAAGAAUUGAUUUCCUUCACAAAAUGGCAUAUCUGCUCAUUUCCCAUGCCAGUUUCUAUUAUGGCUAAGAAUUGGCAGUUACAAAGUCUGUUAUAGGGCUGUUCCUUGAGCAGUUGUAACAAACUGUCAAUAUGCACCGUUUUCAUUCAACAUCAAACUUAGUUUCAUUAAACCCUCAGCCCUAAAACACAGCGUUCAACUAACUUUAGCUAACAUUUUUAUUUCAUAACAUGAAACUACUCAUAAUCAACUCAUGGAUCGACCACCAUCGACUCGUGGUCUUCCCAUCAUCUUCAUGGUGGACCACUUACUCCUUGAGGAUGACGAGGUCUCACAAUCUCUCUCUCUUAAUAUAAAAAGCAGCCAAAAAACAAGAAAAUCAUUUAAAAACGAAGAAAAAGAUAAUAGCAGAACUUGAUGCACUUUUAACGCAAGCUGUUACCCAAUAUUUAGAGGUUCUCAAGAGGUUGAUGAAUUCCCGUUUGGCGCAACAUGGCAGACUUGGACCUAUGUAUCUCAACAUUGAAAGACAAGUAUCAUUUCGGAUGUUUCCUAGUGGUGCUAGAUUCAAUGUCUUAGGAUUUUCCUCUGAAAAUGGACUCAAUAAUGCAGCCAUGAUGGGCUAUGCCUUUGAUCCAAAUAAAAAUUAUGUUUUCGUGAUCGGGAAGUUGUCUGGUGGUGAACUUUGUUGUGUCAUCACUGAAAAUCUUGCAGAUGAUGAAGAUCCUAGGAUGCGUGCUGAAGCCAUUGCAGAAAGGAUUUGUCAAGUGCUUGAACGUAAUUGGAAUAUCUAAUUUGUUCACCUUGUUUGCUCAACAGCUAACAUUUUUUCUCCUUGAUUACCCAAAAUAGUCAUACUAACAAAUGUGGCUGUGAUUUUGUAUGGUAGUUUGCAACAUUCAUAUCUUAGCUACUGAGAUUUUAUCACACCUUGAACUACAAAUAGUUAGCUGUUAUUCGCUCGUAUCCUAAUCCGAAUAAGAUAUUGAAUUUUAUAAAUAUUUAACGUUGGGUAUUAA